AUGGCCAAACCCUCCCCUAACUCGGACAGCUCUGGGCCAAUUGCACGUAGCCUCAUGGGUCACGGGUCUCGAAUCAGCAUCUCCCCAAGGGUAGAUCCAAGUAACAGCAGUAACAACAGCAGUAACAACAGCAGUAACAACAGCAAUAACUACAGCAGUAACAACAGCAGUAACAACAGCAGUAACAAUAGCAGUAACAACAGCAGUAACAAUAGCAGUAACAACAGCAGUAACAACAGCAGUACCACCAGCAGUAAUAACAGCAGUAACAACAGCAAUAACUACAGCAGUAACAAUAGCAGUAACAACAGCAGUAACAACAGCAGUAACAACAGCAGUAACAAUAGCAGUAACAACAGCAAUAACUACAGCAGUAACAACAGCAGUAACAAUAGCAGUAACAACAGCAGUAACAAUAGCAGUAACAACAGCAGUACCACCAGCAGUAACAACAGCAGAAACAACAGCAAUAACUACAGCAGUAACAAUAGCAGUAACAACAGCAGUAACAAUAGCAGUAACAACAGCAGUAACAAUAGCAGUAACAACAGUAGUAACAACAGCAAUAACUACAGCAGUAACAACAGCAGUAACAAUAGCAGUAACAACAGCAAUAACUACAGCAGUAACAACAGCAGUAACAAUAGCAGUAACAACAGCAGUAACAACAGCAGUAACAACAGCAGUAACAACAGCAGUAACAACAGCAGUAACAACAGCAGUAACAGUAGCAGUAACAACAGCAGUACCACCAGCAGUAACAACAGCAGUAACAACAGCAGUAACAACAGCAAUAACAAUAGCAGUAACAACAGCAGUAACAACAGCAGUAACAAUAGCAGUAACAACAGCAGUAACAAUAGCAGUAACAACAGCAGUAACAACAGCAGUAACAAUAGCAGUAACAACAGCAAUAACUACAGCAGUAACAAUAGCAGUAACAACAGCAGUAACAACAGCAGUAACAAUAGCAGUAACAACAGCAGUAACAAUAGCAGUAACAACAGCAGUAACAACAGCAAUAUCUACAGCAGUAACAACAGCAGUAACAAUAGCAGUAACAACAGCAGUAACAAUAGCAGUAACAACAGCAGUACCACCAGCAGUAACAACAGCAGUAACAACAGCAAUAACUACAGCAGUAACAAUAGCAGUAACAACAGCAGUAACAACAGCAGUAACAAUAGCAGUAACAACAGCAGUAACAAUAGCAGUAACAACAGCAGUAACAACAGCAAUAACUACAGCAGUAACAACAGCAGUAACAAUAGCAGUAACAACAGCAGUAACAACAGCAGUAACAACAGCAAUAACAACAGCAGUAACAACAGCAGUAACAACAGCAGUAACAAUAGCAGUAACAACAGCAGUAACUACAGCAGUAACUACAGCAGUAACAACAGCAGUAACAACAGCAGUAACAAUAGCAGUAACAACAGCAGUAACUACAGCAGUAACAACAGCAGUAACAACAGCAGUAACAACAGCAGUAACAAUAGCAGUAACAACAUCAGUAACAAUAGCAGUAACAAUAGCAGUAACAACAGCAGUAACAACAGCAGUAACAACAGCAAUAACUAUAGCAGUAACAACAGCAGUAACAAUAGCAGUAACAAUAGCAGUAACAAUAGCAGUAACAACAGCAGUAACAAUAGCAGUAACAACAGCAGUAACAACAGCAGUAACAACAGCAGUAACAAUAGCAGUAACAACAGCAGUAACAACAGCAGUAACAACAGCAGUAACAACAGCAGUAACAGUGACAUCUAUGGACCAAGCCACUCCGCAGGGACACAGCUGCUCUCUCAGGAGGUAAAGGGCUUUCUGGAGGGGGAGAGGGGGAGAGGGGAGGCAGAUGGAGUGGACUGGUCAGACUCAGAAGGCAAGCACACCAUCCACCGCUUCCGACUAUAUUACUUGCCAAUAUCCAAUCUCUAG